GGCUCGUAGGCUGCUGCCGCGCUUCGCCGCGUCUCUGGUUUGCUCCUGCGCAUCGCACUAGGUGACUGACAGGGUGAGCAUGCCGACGCCCCAAUCCACCAACUAACCUGCAGCGAUUCUCCUGAUCUUGGAGGAUCCGAUGCCAUCAAAUCGAUCCCCAAAUCCUCGUCGAGUUGGCGGGCUAUACAGUGUGGGUUCUCCAACAAAAACUUUGGAUCUGUCAUGGGUUCCAGAUGGGAUGGACCGUAACGCAGCCUGUAUACUUGCCAUUCGCAUACCAGGCUAUGAGGAGCAUGGUACACAAGUUUAUCAUGUUACCUGUGAUAAAAAUUGGGUUCGCGAUAAGGAUACGAUUUCAUGGAUGGAUUUCUAUGCUGAUAUAGAUCUCGAGAUAAAGCGAGGUAGUAUCCAAAGUUUAUCGGUGAGUUUUUGGGACAAGGUUGCAUGCAAGUAUAUGGAUAUUGAUUCUGACUCAUCAUUGCUUGCUACAAUUGAUAUGUACUGGGACAUCAGAAAGCUUCCUCUAGUAGUUUCCGUGAUUAACCAGCCAUGUCAUGAAAACAAGUCAGCUACUGAUCUUACUAUUGUUGAUAUGAAAACAAGUCAGCUAUAUGAUACUGAGGAAAGGCCUACUAAUUAUCUUGGUUAUGACACCGAGGAAAGACAUACUAAUUAUCUUGCUUAUGACACUGAGGAAAGGGCUGCAGAUGAUCCUUGGGGUGAAAAUGAUGAAACAGAGUAUGUUGGCACCAAGAAAAGGAAGAGAUGCAAGAGAUGUGGUCAGUUAGGACACAUGCAAAAGACUUGCAAUGAGACUGUGUAUGACUCAGAUGCUCCACCACCAGCACCACCAAAAUCAAAGAGAAACAAAACCAAGAAGAAGGAAGCAACAGCUAGGCCUAGUCCAAGUACACCUAAAAGAAAGAAGGCCAAGAAGAUGAAGGAAGUGAUAACAUAAGUAAUGCCCAGCCCAUGUACACCACUUAGGUUGCAACAUGCACCAGCAACACUAUCAAGCCCAUUUGACCUAAACUGUAGUCCUGGAGCACUAACUCGGAGUCGAGCUAAGAAAAUUGCAAUGGAGGAGGCCGAGGUGCAUGGUAGAAUGGCGCUGGAGCAUCUUAUGCAAUUCUGAUUAUUAUGCUUUUGUGUGCAAGCAAACCGCGUAAAGCCUUUUGAUGCUAAAUUGAUGUAAUUUGAGAUGUUAAGAUUAAGCUUUGUGACAUGAUGGUCACUUGUUCCAUACUAAUUAUUUUGUGACAUGUUACGUGGUGUAAAAAAUUAUUAUGUAUGUGAAUAUAUUGCACUGCAAGGAUGACCAGUGGCCUUGCGUCCCUA